GCUGUCUGUGCCCAUUAACGAUCAACGCUUGGCUCCAAAGCUAAUCGGGAGCAAUACCGGUCCAGUAGAUCAUUAGCCGUGUUGGUAUUAUGUUAUUGGGCGAAAAACGCGGCGGUUUCGGUCAAGAUAAAAAUACCUCAUUUAUACAGCAUUAAUCGAAAAAUUUAGCCAUAAGUAUAUAGAGCUAUAUGCUAUACUGCUAGCAUACUUAUAUACAUAUAUAGAUAUUAUUAAAUUUAGUAAAUUUAGUACACCUGCAUAUAAUUGUAUAGAAAUUUUAAAAUAAAGUGCCGAAAAGUGUGUGAGAUUUUUAAUACAAGUGUUGAAGGUAGUGAAAAAGGAAAAGGUAGCGGUGAAAAAUGUCUGGUGACGUGCAGCCGCGUAAGCGAAAGGAUAAGAAAAAGAAACGUGAUGCAUUCGAUCGUAAAUCGGAAGGUGAAUUAUCUUUUUCGCGGCAUUCAAGCUUUGAAGAUGAUGAAUCUUCGCAUGGCGUGCACAUCACCAAAAUGGGCAGCGAGGAUGUUCACUUCCAUGUCCAACACGAACACGGCACCGGCGGUCAUUGGUGUGCGAAGAUAUUUUUCUUCUCUCUCCUAGCCAUUUUAUUUGGUCUGGUCGGGCUAAUAAUAUUGGAGAACCGCGGCAUAUCUGAUUUGGAUACACCAUUAUCAGAGUCACGCUUCUCGAACUAUUUCGAUGGUUGGGUAGAUGAGAGUCGCCAAGAACAUGAUGAUCAUGAUCCCGUGAAGGCGUCUAUAGAAGAGCAUGAAGAACAUGAUGAGCCGUUUGAGGAGGAGGAAGAUCACUCAGAGUUAGAUGAGGAAGCCGACGAGGAACAUGGGGAAGAAGCUGAUGAUGAGCAUGAUGAACAUGAUCAAGAGGAUGAGGAGGAGGAGGAGGAAGAAGAAGAAGAAGCAACAGCAGAACAACAAACAAAAGAGGUGGAAGAUGAUGAGGAGAACGAUGAAGACAGAGAUGAUGCAAAUGCGAAUGAUGAAGAAGAUGAGGAGGAUGAUGAUGAAGAUGCUACUAAAGAGGCUACUGUAGAGCAGACGGCGGAAGAAGAAGAUGAGGAGAAUGAUGAAAAUCAGCAAGAUGAAGACGAAGAUGAGAAUGUAACACAAGAAGCAACAAAAGAAGAAGAAGAUGACGACGAUGCGGAUGGCGAUGACGCUGAUGAUAAUGAUGAAGAUAACGAAGAAGAGAAUAAUACGAAUGAAAAUAACAUUGAAGCUAGUCAAGAAGAGAAUAAUAAUAAUAAUGAUGAUGAUGAUGAUGAUAAUGUUGUUGAUGAGGAAAAUGAAAGCAACGCCAAUGCGAAUGAUAAUGAUGAUGAAGAUGCCGAUAACGAUAAAAGCGCACAACAAGGCAGUAAAGCUAAUGAUGAUGAUGAUGAUGACAAUAAUGCCGCUUUCGAUGAGGAAGACGAUGAUGACACGGAGAAUUCCGUAGAAAAGGUCGUUGAUAAUGAUGCCGAUGAAAUGUUGUUGUUGCGAGAGAAAGCGCGUCAGCAAGCAGCAGAAGCAGCAAAAAAUGAACCCGCCUCAGCGGAGGUGAACGAUAAAGACGAAGCUGCUGAAGCGGCGCCAUCAUGGGCCUCAUCUCAAAUUAAGCCAAAGGAAGAAGUAGGUGGUGGUCCACAGGCGAAAAAUGAUGAUUUCGGCUCAUUUGAACAGGAAUUGCGCAGAGCAAACGAAGAAAUGAUGCGGGAGAAUUAUGCCGCUGCCGCUAAAAUUUUCGGCAAACUCACGCAUCAACACCCUGACAAACCGGAAGGAUUCCUCGGCCAAGCGAAAUCGCUUGAUAAAUUGGCGGACAAGCAACGCAGCAAUAGUUUGUUGAGUCAAGCUUUACAGGCGUAUAAGCGGUAUUUGGCAUUGGGCGAUGCCAUCGCAGAUCUGGCACAGUUCCGAGCCGCUGCUGAGCGCUGUAUCGAGCGUAUGCGCUUCAUGGGUCACUUCAUGCAGGCGGUGGCAGUGCAUCAGCAAUUAAUUGAUCGCUUUCCAAACGAACCGGGUGUGCGUAAUGAACUGGCUAUUACCUACCUGCUGCAGAAUCUUUUAUCGGAUGCCAAGUUGGUGUUGCAAAAAGUGCUCCGCCGUUGGCCGAAGGACGGUUUCGCGCAGGUACAUUACGGUUUUGUGCUGCGCCAACUGGAUAGAGACUAUAAAAAUGCCGUUACUUACUUGCGUGAGGGCAUCAAUUCACAAGCGUCUGGCACACAGGAUGGCCGCUUCUACUUUAAUCUCGGCGAUUGCCUACAACGUUUGGGCCGUCAAGCCGAGGCUGUUGAAGUGUACAAGCGCGGCGCUGCAUUGAAACUUUUUCCGUCCGCCUACCAGCGUUCGCUGUACAACGAACCCAAUUUGCGUGCCCAGCCCUAUUGGACUAAAGCGGAAACCACUUAUGCUACUUAUCUAAACAAAUUGGAGCUCAAUUGGCGCGUGAUACGUGAUGAAGCGUUAAGUUUGCUCGGUAGGCGUGACAAUUUUCUCGACGAAGCUGAAAGUUUACGCGAUACUGGCAAUUGGCAACAGUUCGAAUUGUAUUCGCGUGGUCAAAAGCGCUUUAAAAAUUGCCAGAAAGCUCCCAUUACGUGUGGGAUGAUUGAAAAAUUCACCGCAGCUUCUGGGUGUCGACGCGGUCAAGUUAAGUUUAGUGUCAUGCAAGCCGGUACGCAUGUACAUGCUCAUUGUGGUCCAACGAAUUGCCGUUUGCGUGCUCACCUCGGGCUGGUGGUGCCGAAAGGGACACACUUGCGUGUAGCUGAGGAGGAGCGCACUUGGACGGAAGGUGAAUUUCUCAUAUUCGACGAUAGUUUUGAGCAUGAAGUGUGGCACAACGGCACCAGUUUUCGGCUUGUCCUGAUUGUCGACGUUUGGCAUCCAGAUUUGAGUGUGCAUCAACGUCGAACACUGUCAGCGAUUUGAAUGAAUUAUUGGCUUGCCAUAUUUCAGUUCCUGCUUGAAUUACACCAAAUACAGUUAUACGUAAACAUGGAGACAGUUAAACAAUAAUAUGUACAGUUAAAGAAUUAGAAAAAUGCGUUUUUAUUAACAAUAAUGAAAAUAUUACUUUAGUUAAGGCUUUCUCUUCUAAUGAAACACUUAUGCUGCUUUGCGAUUUUAUUACUAAAAAAUAUUUUAAAUAAAAUAAUUUAUGCAUAAAAAUGUAGCUCAAAGGUAUUUGUAUGUUUAAGAGCAGUCGUAAGUCAUCUUGUAUGAUAGAAUUUCUGCAUACGAGUAUGUGCGUAUUUCAAAACAAUUGUUGAUAUUUAAGUAACGUAAAAAAGUGAAGCGCAAGAUACGUUUGAUUUUUCCAGUCUUUGUACUUUUCAUACAACUCACAAUAUAUUUUUUUCCAUAAGCGGUGUAAUGGAAAAUGUGAAUUUCCGUUAAUUAUUUAAUUAAUUUAAAAAAAAUGUGGAAAAUGAAAAGUUAAAGGAUUAGAAAAAUUUUGAAUAGUUUAUAUGGAUAAAAAAGGAGCUGGAAUUAAUUAUGAUUUUUAUUUAAUUAAUUUAUAUUUUUAUUUAUUUCCUUUCUGUAUAAUCUGUAUUAAUGCACGCUUUUAUAAUAAAAAUAAAUUAUAUUGAUUUAUGCAAUAUUGAUGUAAAGACAAUUGUAACCAACUUACUCGUAACAGAAUGAAAGCAAUUUACAUUUUAAAAUUAAAACUAAAACAAAUGCCACUGUGAACAUAAUAUUAUUUAAGAAAAUAUGUUGUGAAUAUGAAAUUAUAAUAAAUUAGCUUUCCUUUUCUACACCGUAA